AACUCGUUAGGGUUAGCAAAUUUCACAGACCACACAAAUCAAUUCGUGGCAGUUACUUACUUGCUAACUAUAUGGAAGCUACUAUUUUGGAUGUUUUGAUUUGGAAAUAGUAGAAUAAGAAGAAGAAUAUUAAUAGAGGUGAUUGGUUCAUUGUUUGGUGGUGUACGUGCGAAUAAUACAUUUGAAUGGCUCUGAACUUGCCCUCUCCAGCGCAAGUGAAGCCCUUCUUUUUCGCUUCUGAUUCCCCAAAGCUUCCAGGAAGCUUUUCUUUGAAGAGAAAAGAAAAUGAGACAACAGUAGAAAGAAGAAUAUGUUGCUCAGUGCAAUCACCAGCACCAGCAUGGCCAGGAACUGCUAUUCCUGAUCCUAAUGCUAAAGUAUGGGAUGGACCAAAACCAAUUUCUAUCUUAGGAUCUACAGGUUCAAUUGGAACCCAGACACUGAAUAUAGUGGCUGAGUUUCCGGAUAGAUUUAAAGUGGUGGGGCUUGCAGCUGGUUCAAAUGUUACUCUUCUUGCUGAUCAGAUAAAAACAUUUAAGCCUGAACUUGUUGCUCUUAGAAAUGAGUCUCUAAUUGGUGAACUCAAAGAGGCUAUUGCUGAUUCCGAUCACAAACCUGAAAUCGUCGCCGGAGAACAAGGAGUCAUUGAGGUUGCUCGCCACCCUGAUGCAGCCACUGUAGUUACAGGAAUAGUUGGUUGCGCAGGAUUAAAGCCAACUGUUGCUGCCAUAGAAGCAGGGAAAGACAUAGCAUUGGCCAACAAAGAGACAAUGAUUGCUGGAGGCGCCUUUGUUCUUCCUCUUGCUCACAAACAUAACAUCAAAAUUCUUCCAGCUGAUUCAGAACAUUCUGCCAUCUUUCAGUGUAUCCAAGGGUUACCAAAGGGUGCACUUAGGAAAGUAAUUUUGACUGGAUCUGGAGGUGCUUUCAGGGAAUGGCCAAAGGAAAAGAUGAAAGACAUUAAACUUGCUGAUGCACUAAAGCAUCCUAUCUGGACUUUGGGAAGAAAGAUAACUAUUGACUCAGCUACCCUUUUCAAUAAGGGUCUGGAAGUAAUUGAAGCACAUUAUUUGUUUGGAGCUGAAUAUGAUGAUAUUGAGAUUGUUAUUCAUCCACAAUCUAUCAUACAUGGAAUGAUUGAAACUCAGGACUCAUCUGUUAUUUCACAGUUGGGGUUACCAGAUAUGCGUUUGCCUCUCCUCUACACAUUGUCAUGGCCAGAAAGAGUCCCUUGUUCUGAAGUAACUUGGCCCCGUCUUGAUCUUAGCAAGUAUGGUUCCCUAACAUUUCAAGCACCAGACACUGAUAAGUUCCCAUCUGUGAAUCUUUGCUAUGCUGCUGGACGUGCCGGAGGAACAAUGACUGGAGUUCUCAGUGCAGCAAAUGAGAAAGCUGUUGAAUUGUUUGUUGAAGAAAAGAUUACCUAUCUGGAUAUUUUCAAGGUUGUGGAGUUAACAUGCGAAGCGCAUCAGAAAGAAUUGGUGGCAUCUCCUUCACUUGAGGAAAUCCUUCACUAUGACCAGUGGGCACGACAAUAUGCUGCUGGUCUGCAAAUAGCUUCAAGUAUUUGAAAUUCGAAUCCUAUUUGAUGGCAUGCAUCAAGUGUGUAAAUGUAUAUGAAUAGCCAGAAUAUGUUUCUACACUUAGAAAUGGUUUCAAUAAAAGUUCACUCAACACAAUGUUGCAAAAGCAA